UGGAAAAAUGGAUCAAAAUAUUUAUCAUAUUAUCUUAAAGACUGCGAAAUUUGAUUUGCAAGAAAGAUUUUGUUUUUCACUAUUUGUUAUUUGUUUCAUUCCACCAAAUGAACGGAUAAGAAAUUGUGUGAUAACAGCAGAUAAAUAUGAGAGUUUUGUUAACACACAUUUCAGUCAUCAAAGUUGGUAGGCGUACGACGUUACUGCUUUAAUUACAGCAUUCGUUGUCUGAGUGGAAAAUAUUUUGGUGCGUAGUGUUCACAGUUCCGACAACAAUAUAAAAAUGAGUGAAGACGAUAAUUUGACUGCAGUGAUGGACGAUGUGUUUAAAGAUGCAUCUGUGAAUUGGUCAAGGGUACAUAUGCCAGAAGUCAUGGACAGGGCCUUCGAGUUAAUGUUAUUUUAUACUGGAUUAGUGGGAGUUGCUGCAAGUCUUUUUGUGGCUAUAACCAUUAUCAGAUUUAAAAGAUUGAGGACUAGAGACAACGCGUAUAUUUGCACACUUUCCAUUUUAUUGACAUGCUAUCACAUAGCGGCCCUACUUAUGCAGAUUCUGUACAUGUUCGUACAGCAAGAAGUUAUUUGGUGUUGGGCAAGUCAUUUACGAAGCAUCUCGUUAAUGAUGACGUUCAUAAUAUCUUUUUUCAUGUUAUUAGAGUGGACUUUAUCGAUGUAUCAGUGUACAUAUUUUAAAAAAGCUCAGAAAAUUCAUAAGUAUUUCUUAGGACUGUUACUUUUAUUGGGCUUAAUAAUUUUUAUAUUAUACGGCGUACAGUGCCACAACAUUAUUUUCAACGCUGAUGGUUUUAUGUUUCGUAUAUGCUACUCUAUAAUUUGUUGCUUAAUAAUACUGUUGGAUAUAAUCAUAGGUAAAACCAAAGUACCCUAUGAAUUCAAAAAGACAAUGUAUGUUGUUACAAUGGCAAAUCUGUACGUCUUCUCUUGGGCACCACUUUUUAUUGUCUUCAGCUUAAUGCACCACGCCCAUCAAAAGAUACAUCCAAUUCUUUUUUUUAUUUUGGAAAUACUAGGAAAAAUUACUGUAUUUUUAACUCAUAUUUAUCCAAUACUGGGGUGUUAUUUGCUGGGCCGUCUCAACAAGUACUUUAAGAUGGCAUAUGUUAGAAGUUUUAAGAGAAGUAAUUAUGAUGAUGAUAAUGAUUUAGACAAUUCUUCUGAAGACAUCGAAGAUAUGAGAGAUCCUAGUACAUGAAUAUUCACUAGUUUUAUUUUAUUUUAUAUUUUAUAAUACAUACUAAUAAAAUUAUAUUUCUAGUCAAGUUUUUUAAUGGCGUAUACUCAUUUGGAUUGUAUCUACUGUCUGGAUAUUCCUUUCAUUGGCAAAUCGGCUUAAUUAUUGGUACUCAUUUUAUUGUUUAGGCAUCCUUACAAUAUGUGAUUGCAAUGCACAUGCAAUUAAAUAGUACUUUAAGGGUAUUAAGACAUAACAUGGAUCCCGACCCAUUUGGUGAAGUUUAUCUAAAUUACUCUAACAUAACCGUAACGAAUUCAAGUAAUGUAAUAAGCAUAACGUACAGCUUUGCUGCAUUCUUGAUUGAUUUAUUGGGAUUUUGUGCUAAUCUUUUUUUAAUAAUAACGAUGAUAAAAUUUAAACGUCUUAGGACACACAUUAACAUGUACAUAUUACAUCUGGCAAUAGCAAGUGUAAUUAGUUAUUCAGUAGCUGUGGUUGUUGAAAUCCUCUAUAUCUUUAUUUUGAUUCCAAAGAUACAUUGUUGGUCAUACCCGUUAGAGAUCUCAACAAUGUGCUUCAUGUUCUUGGUGUCUCCAAUAAUGACUUUGGAAUGGACUUUAGUAACAUUCAAAUCCAGUUGGUUAGCUAGAACGAAACCCUUCUUCAAAUAUUCAAUACCGAUUGCCUAUGCCAUUUAUUUUUCAUUUUGGGUUGCCCAUUUCGUGGGGUGUACGACGACAAAGGAAACUUUCAUGUGGUCGGUCAGAUUUGUUUACUACUUGAGUCUUUUGAUUAUGGUGGUGUGUGAUAUUUAUCUGGCCAGAAACCCUGUAUCCAUCGAAGCGUCCAAAACCAAAUACUGUGUACUGGUUGCGAAUAUUAUUGUCUUUUGUUGGCUUCCGGAGUGCGUGUUGUCCGACAUGGUGGACGCAUUUUUUUGGUACAAAUGGUUUACGUUGAUUUCAUACGUUGAGAUUUUGUUUUACCCGUUUUCACUAUUGGGAAGCAUGGCGAACAUUAUAGUGGUGUUCGUUCUGGUUAAAAAGGACAAGUACUUCAAAAUGGCCUUCAGCAAGAUUUUUAAGUCCAACCUUAACACUUACGAGGCUGAAAAUCUCGACGACUCGGAUGACAUGAACUACAGAAUCGAAGCCUCGAAUAUCAUUGAUAGGGAACCCUAAAUUAUUUAUAUAAAUGUUAAUUGUAUCAAUAAACAAUGUUAUUUACUUUUAAA